AUGAAACGGCUACCGAAACGCCCGGCCUUGCCGCCACUCGCAAGCCGUCGUGUCACCUCCCAAAACCGCGCCUCCUCGCCACCACCAUCGCCCCCCCUCAUCGACGACCUGCAGAGCCGCCCGCCCAAGCUCAUCCCCGACUACCUCUGCCCCAUGCCCUCGCAUCUCCUCACCACAACCCUCUGCGACCUGCUGCACGCGCCCGUCUCCUCCUCGCCCACGAUCCAGUCGCCCCCCGAGGUCCUCCCCCAGGGCCACCACCUGGUCUACUUUCCGAUCCAAACGGCGCCGUCGAAGCUGGCCCCCGACGGCGCAGACCCCGACCACUCCCCCGGGCCAGGGUUCCCGCGCCGAAUGUGGGCCGGCGGCGAGGUCCUCUUCCACAAAGGAUGGCGGGAACGACUCGUCAUGGACGGCCGGCCGUGGCAGUGCAGAGAGCACAUCGGAGACGUGUCCGCCAAGGGGGGCGCCGGAGGCGGAGGAGGAGGCGAGAGCAGCCAGCGCGACAAGGUAUUCGUAGACGUGUGGAGGCAGUACGGUGCCGGACGAGGACAAGGACAAGGACGAGAGUGGGACAUCGAAGAGCGGCGGACGCUGGUCUUCAUGCGGGCCCAGGAGGCGCGCGCGGCGCCUCCCCCCCGACGAGUCGCGACAUUUGCCCGCAAGGCGAGCCGGCGGGUGAGGCUUGUCCCGACGCCGACGCACCUGUUUCACUUUUCGGCGCUGACGUUCAACGCGCACGCGAUCCAUGUCGACCCUCUGUACGCGCGGUCUACGGACGGCCAUAGGGAUCUGCUUGUGCACGGGCCGCUGGCGCUGGCGCUCAUGCUGAACGUGCUGGGGGGCGGCGUGGAGAGGAUAUCGUACAGGAACCUCGCGCCUCUUUAUGUCAAUGAGGAGUUGAGCGUCUGCGUGGGGAGGCCCGACGACGGCCGGAGUUGGGAUGUUUGGAUUGAGGGGCCUGAGGGGGGGUUGGCCGUUCGUGGGAAGGCAGUCAUGGACACUUAG